CCUUCCGGCUUCCUUUCUCUCGCGUCCCCUCUGCCGCUCCGCCCUCUUUUUUUUGCUUCUUGUUCUUCUUCUUGUUCUUCUUCCUAUCUCCCGUCGUGCUUUGCGGCGGCAAGGCGACGCCAGGAGCCGUUAAGAGCCGCUCGCGCCCGGGGCCUCCCUCCCUUUCUUCCCCAACUCUCUCUCCCCCCUCCCGCCGUUACCAAGGAGACGCGAGUCCCUUCGCCGCCGCCGCCGCCGCCAUGUCGGCCCAGGCCCAGAUGCGAGCGCUGCUCGACCAGCUGAUGGGCACGGCCCGGGACGGAGAUGAAACCAGACAAAGGGUGAAGUUUACAGAUGAACGGGUCUGCAAGAGCCAUCUUCUAGACUGUUGCCCUCACGAUAUUUUAGCAGGGACGCGUAUGGACCUUGGAGAGUGCACAAAGAUUCACGAUUUGGCCCUGAGAGCAGAUUACGAGAUUGCAAGCAAAGAGGACCUGUUCUUUGAGCUGGAUGCAAUGGACCACUUGGAAUCUUUCAUUGCUGAGUGUGAUAGAAGAACAGAGCUGGCUAAAAAACGACUUGCCGAAACCCAAGAGGAGAUCAGCGCUGAAGUGGCUGCAAAGGCAGAGAAAGUGCACGAACUCAACGAAGACAUUGGGAAGCUCCUGGCUAAAGCUGAGCAGUUAGGAGCUGAAGGGAAUGUGGAUGAGUCCCAGAAGAUCCUGAUGGAAGUGGACAAAGUCCGCGCAAAGAAGAAAGAAGCGGAGGAGGAAUACCGCAAUUCUAUGCCUGCCUCCAGUUUCCAGCAACAGAAACUGCGUGUUUGUGAGGUCUGCUCCUCCGCAUACCUCGGUCUCCAUGACAACGACCGUCGCCUUGCCGAUCAUUUUGGGGGCAAAUUGCAUUUGGGCUUCAUUCAGAUCCGUGAGAAAUUGGACCAGUUGCGGAAAACCGUAGCUGAAAAACAGGAGAAGAGGAAUCAAGACCGGUUGAGAAGGAGAGAAGAAAGAGACCGAGAAGAACGUGUGGGACAACGAUCUGGAUCAAGAAAUCGAGAUCGCAGAAGAUCGCGAUCCCGAGAGCGGAGACGACGACGUUCCCGCUCCCUUUCCCGCGAGAAGCGAAAAUCCCGUUCUAAGUCUCGGGAACGGGAGAGGCACCGGCGCCACCGCAGCCGUUCCGGAAGUCACAGUCGGGGUCACCGACGUGGAUCCAGAGACCGGAGCUCCAAGCAUAAAUCCUCCAGGGAUCGGUCUUCCAGAGAGAAAUCGCGGGACCGGGAGAAGAAGAAGAGCGCGUCUGAACGGCGGCACGAGAGCACCAAUGGCAAAUCUCACUCCAAGAGGUCGGAGGAGAGGGAAGCCGGAGAUCUGAAUUUCCCUUCUUGUACUGUAAAUAGUCUUGGAGAAGCAUUCUACACAGCCCAAAAUCUCUCAUUUAUAUUAACGGAAGACAGCACAUCCUUUUUGUAGUUCUGAAUUUCUAUCGUUUCCGCAGCUAGCAAUGACAGUUCCCUGCCAUUGACCGAAGCUUUGUUUUUAUUAAGCCUAUAAACAAACCCAGCAGCCAGGAGGGGGUCCAUCCAGAUUAAUACUUUAAGCAGAACGCAGCUGCUGCUGGGAAGCGAUCCUAUCAGAAGGAUUGCGGUCUGCUUUUAAAGGGGGGGGGGAAUGUACCUGCUCACUUUAAAGCAUCACUUGCAUUUCUGUUGCAAAGUUUUAAGUUUAUACCCAAAUUGAAAGACCCUCAGAAAUGGUGGUGCCUUUGGCCUCUCUUCCAAAACCCCUUCAUUUGGGGGACCUCCACUCCUGUAUUUCAAACAUCCCACCUCUCUGUAAAUAAGUCAGCGGUUUAAUGGGCAUGCACCCUUUGUCAUUUGAGGGGCAAUUGCUCCCAGCUGGAUAAGGCUUUCGUUUUGGGGUUAUUCUAUCUCUAGUCUGGUGAAGUUUAACAUGGCAUUCUAAUUUAAUUGAACCUUUAACUGGAUGAUUUGACCCCUGCUCUGUUCUUUGGUGUAGUUUUCUCAGCUUGCCUACGUUUCAGCCUGUUCACUUACUGAAUUUGAUUCGCGUGUCCUAAUUUGUCACUUAACAAGGAGAGCCUCAUCCAUGGCCCUGUCAAGAGGUGCCCUCGCUGGGCAGGGGAUUCCCCCCCUCCCCCCAGAAAUGUAUUCAGUUGGUGAACAAAUUGUGUAGUGCUACAACUUAGGAGCUGCGCUUUCCAUGAUAAAUUUAAGCGUUGGUUGGAAUAAAUCGGUGGGAUAAUGGACCAUAAUCUAUCGCUCUGCUUUGCUUGAGAGUUACAAACACUUGAAUUUUGACAAAUGACCACUGCAAGCAGAGAAAAGUUAAUAAGCAGUCGCCCCCUGGUCAACUGGGGAAAACGUGUGUUCCAUUUCUGUACCUCCUCCCCUUCGCCCCUUUUUUUGGCUUCCCCCCCAAAAUUGCAGAGAUGAAAUGGGAUUCUCCUAACCCUAAUGCACAAUUUAGAGUUUUAUUUGCUGUCGCUGCCGCUUUUUCCUGAUAGAGCCACCCAGGCGUGGAUCUUCUUCGUGCAUAGCGUAUCGAUCGGAUACAAGAAGCAGCAAGCAGAGGUAGAUCGACUGUGCGGAGAGGACCUCCACCUCUGAUGAAAGGCUCCCAGAGCCACAGAGAGAUGCCACUGGGAUUUUAAUCUUUUUUUUUUCCCAAUGCCAUUGGGAUUUUUUAAAAUCUUAAAUGCACCCCCCCCCUCCCCGGAAAGGUUGAUGGGUCCAGGAAAAAAACCGGCAAGACAAAUCACGUUAAAUGUACAAAGCAUUAGGAAUCCUCCACCCCCCCACCUCAGGAUUUUUAUCUUCGGUAUUUGAGCAGUUUGAUCUGUAACAGCACUUUCCCCUUCCCUGCCCCCUAAGUCCUUCCCCUCCCCGUGUCUUUUGAGGAGUUUUGGUCUUAGUGACAAAGAUGUAAUUCAAGUGCUGAUGUCCUGCCAGUCUGAUUCACAUUAAAAGCUUACCUUUGUGGCU